UUUUGCCUAUCUAACAUUCUUCUUCUAAACAUUUCCUAUUUCACCCUUUUCUUUUUACAUUUUUCCCUCCACAAACAAAUUCUCCGCUGCAUCCCAAGCUUUAUAUGUGUACUUAUAAAAAGCUGUAGCGAAGGUCGAUCUUUUAUAUAUUUACAUACAUAUCUCUUACCUAUAAAAGUGCCCAGAUAAAAUCUCACACUGCCGCUUCCUCUUUCAUGGCUGGUCUGUGAGUGUGAGGCACAGACUUCUUGUUGCAGAUAAGUUAUUGAAUUCCAGGUUUUUUGUUUAUUUGGGUAAAAAAGAUGCCUGGAAUUGUCAUUGAUGAAAUUCAUGAGGAAGAGGUAGUGAAUGAAUUGAACAGAGAUUCUAUGCCAGUUAAGGAGAACUCAGUUCCGAAUAAGUCUCCGGAAAAUACUGCAACUCAGCAAAGCCCUCGUAAUGUUGCCUCUGAUGUCCCUGAUAUUCUGGUGGUAGAUGCCUCAAUCGAGCAGCUUUAUGAGAAUGUGUGUGACAUGCAGAGUUCUGACUGGUCACCCUCUAGACCUAGCUUUGUAUCAGAUGGGGAAGAGUCUAGAAUUGAUUCAGAGUUGCGCCAUCUUGUCGGAGGAGAGAUUAUAGAGGUUGAGAUAACAGAAGAAGAAGAAUUGGAAAAGCCUGAGCAUGACUCUCGUUGUAAUUCAUCUUCAAAGAUAGGUACUUCAUCUCAAGUUAAGCAGUUGCAGAAGUUGGACAAGACUACAAGUUCAAAAUCCAAUUCUCCAGAGAAAGUUGAAGCAUCAUCAAAAUCGAGUCCCCAGGGCAUAAGUCCUUCAAAUAAACCCCCAAUUGAUAAGCGGAAUGAUAAGAAUCUUAAUCCAGGUGCACGAGUUACUCCCUUGAAAAAACGGAGGGGGAGGUUACAGAAUGGAACCAAGGCCGAAUCAAGGAUAGACAAUCCAGAUCUUGGACCAUUUUUGCUCAGACAAGCUAGAGAGUUGAUUUCUACAGGAGCGAAUCCCCAGAAAGCUCUUCAAUUAGCUCUACGGGCGAAAAAAUUAUUUGAAAUUUGUGCAAAGGGGAAGCCCAGCUUAGAAAUGGUCAUGUGUUUGCAUGUUGCAGCGGCAAUACACUGUAGUUUAGGCCAGUAUGAUGAUGCUAUUUCUGUUCUUGAACAGUCAGUUGAGAUACCAGUGACUGAGGAAGGACAGGAGCAUGCCCUUGCUAAAUUUGCAGGUCACAUGCAGUUGGGUGAUACGUAUGCAAUGCUGGGCCAGCUGGAGAAUUCAUUAUUGUGUUACACAACAGGUUUGGAAGUUCUGAAACAAGUUCUGGGGGACACAGAUCCAAGAGUAGGUGAGACGUGUAGAUAUUUGGCUGAAGCUUACGUUCAAGCACUACAAUUUGAUGAAGCCAAGAGGCUUUGUCAGCUGGCUCUGGAUAUUCAUAAGGAGAACGGCUCUCCUUCUUCUCUUGAGGAGGCAGCAGAUAGGAAGCUGAUGGGUCUUAUAUGUGAAACAAUGGGAAAUCAUGAAGCAGCUCUCGAGCAUCUUGUUUUAGCCAGCGUGGCCAUGGUUGCAAAUGGUCAGGAAGCAGAGGUGGCUUCUGUUGAUUGCAGCAUUGGAGACACAUAUUUGUCAUUAUCUCAGUAUGAUGAGGCUGUUUUUGCUUACCAGAAAGCACUCACAGGUUUAAAGAAAACCAAAGGAGAAAAUCAUCCAGCUGUCGGUUCAGUCUUUGUUCGUUUGGCUGAUGUGUAUAACAGGACAGGGCAAUUAAGGGAGUCAAAAUCUUACUGUGAAAAUGCCCUUCGAAUUUAUGAAAAGCCAAUACCUGGUUUUCUUCCAGAGGAGAUUGCAAGUGGUCUAACUGAUGUUUCUGCUAUCUAUGAAUCAAUGAAUGACCUUGAGCAGGCAAUUAAGUUGCUAGACAAGGCCUUAAAAUUAUAUAAUGAUGCACCUGGUCAGCAAAGCAUGAUUGCUGGAAUUGAAGCCCAGAUGGGUGUCAUGUACUACAUGUUGGGGAAUUAUUCUGACUCUUACAACUCCUUCAAGAGUGCCAUUUCAAAACUCCGUGCAGGCAGCGAGAAAAAAUCUGCUUUCUUUGGCAUUGCUCUUAACCAAAUGGGGCUUGCCUGUGUGCAGUGUUAUUCCAUAAAUGAGGCUGUAGAAUUAUUUGAAGAAGCCAGGUUAGUUUUGGAACAAGAGUUCGGACAGUGUCACCCAGACACACUGGGGGUGUAUAGCAAUCUUGCUGGUACUUAUGAUGCAGUUGGCAGGUUGGAUGAUGCAAUCAAUAUGCUGGAGUUUAUUGUUCGGAUGAGGGAGGAAAAGCUUGGGACAGCAAAUCCUGAUGUGGAUGAUGAGAAGAGGAGGUUGGGUGAGUUAUUGAAAGAAGUGGGGAGAGCUCGAAGCAGAAAAGCUAGAUCAUUGGAGAAUCUCCUUGAUGCGAACUCCCAUAUAAAUACAAAUGACAUUAAGGUAGACAAAGAUAUUUAAGUGUACUUUAGUAUGAAUAUCAUGUAUUAUAGGAUUUAUUUAAAAGAAUAUGAAGAGGCCAAAAAAAAAAAAAAAGAAGAAGAAGAAGAAAAGGAACAGUUUAGGGUGUUUAGAUUUGAUAUUGGAGUGGGGUGAAUAAAAUAAUUGGAGGCCUGGGAUUUUGUUUGUGUUAUUGAUGUAUACUUCACUGGUUGAAGGUCAGUUUAUCUUGUAUUGCGCCUUGAAAUUAUUGUGGUAAAUUAUCAAACUUUUCAUUCAUGUAGCACACUCCAAAUAUUUUUAUUAGUUUUCCAUUGUAUGGAAAUGAUAUAUCUGUACAUUACAGAUAUUCAAGAAUCUUUGAAAUAAUAGAAUCUUUACUUGGAAUUUAUUAAUGAA